AUGUCUGAGAAAAACUUCACUGCAGAAUCUGAUCCUGGUUCUUUUUCCUUGGAGGAAGUACAACCAAAUGAAAAUAACAAUCCAUUACAGCCAAGUCAAAAACAAGGUGUGAAUACAUAUUCUAAACUUAGAUGUAAUAGAUACAAAAUUGGAAGACAGACGAGGGUUGUAGUAAUAGAAAAACCUCUUACUUUUAUGAGUUUUCUUCCUUUAGUAUUUUAUUUAAUCAUGUACGGAUUAAUUUUGCAAACGAUAUGCAUGAUACUAAAAAAGGUAAGUAAAAAGACUUAUGAUUUGCUUAUAUUUUCAGUUCUCUUUUUUACACCCCCUUUAAUUUUAUUAUUUUUUAAGACUUAUACUUUUUUAUUUAUCUGGAUAGCCUUUUCUUCUCCUAUGGUAUUACUCUAUUUAAAGAUUAAAAAGAAACCGGUAGAUAAAGAUCUGCCUAGAAAAGUAUUUAAUAUUUUUAAGAUUCUAUUUAUGAUUACUAAUUUGGGAGUAUUCUUAUUCCAGUUUUGCACUAUAAUGACCUUUUUAUUUUUACCUUCUGUUUUUCUAAUAUUCUUUUUAUGCUUUCUAGUUUUUUUAUAUUUCGCAGUUUUAAGUAGAGAAAUUGUUUAUUUUUUUAGCGAAGCAAUGGCAACAAAUACAGGAUUUUAUAGUAAGGAAGGUGUUCCUAAUAGAAAUAAUAAUGAUACAUUGUGCAUGAUAUGUACAAAGGCGUUUGAUAAUACUGAACCAAUACAUACUCUCAUUUGUAGUCAUUCAUUCCACGAAAAUUGUAUUAAAGGAUGGUGUAUGAUAGCGAAAAAGAAUAGUUGUCCGUAUUGCAAAAAAGGAGUAGAUUUAGAGACAAUUCCUAAAGAUAUAUGGUACAAAUCAGAGAUAUGGUUUUAUCCAUUAAUAAAUACGACGAGGGGAUUAAUAGUUUUAAUAAUAUCAUUAAUAAUAACAAUAUUUUAUAAACUACAAAAAUAA